AUGGACAUAGCCCUGGCCAGCGAGCAGCCAUGUUUCCCGCCAUUCAAAGAAUUCCUGUGGAGGCACUGGGACUAUCCAAAGACUAAAUUCCCUGACCCUUACUCCUACUGCGACCUGAUGAUGUGGAAGCGGGGACUAUAUGGGAAGCCAAAGCACAUCUUCAUCCAUGAACCCAUUCAGAAGAUCAUAAACGUCUGCCGUGGGGAAGGGAUACCCCUCGGGGGUGGCUGGUAUCUGAGCAAACGUUGUUUCUUCAUCACCAAGUGCAAAUUUAACCACAAGUUUAAGUGUUACACCGGGUCAGAGUGGUUUAAGCCAAUUAUCAUCAAAUGCAUAUGUGGGUUCCCUGUAGAUAUUGAGUGUAUGAAAGGCCCAAUCUGUCCCUAG